AAAUGACAAAAAUGUGUGAAUAGAUCUCUACGGAUUGAAUAUUAUCAUUUAUUUGAACUUUCUGAUCGAUACUUCGCAAGAAACAAAAAUUAAAGGGAAUAACGCUGACCAAUCACACAUUUUUCUCGUUAGUAUGAACCAAUCAAGUUGUAUUCAUGAUUCACUCAACAGCCCAUGUAACAGCCACUCUGCAGCCACUACUUUGGUCCAUUUCAAUGGGCUUCUGAGUAGGUCUCCGUGGAUCGUGGAGGUGAUGGUAGUAGUUUUUUCUUCUUCGCCGGCUCGUAAGUACAGCAGUAAGAUGAGAACAAAAGUAUUGAGAUUGUACAAGGAUCUGCUGCGAUUCGGAGAGAAACUUCAAUUCACGGACAAAAAAUAUUUCAAAUAUAGGAUUAAAAAGAGCUUUGCUGAGAACAAGGACUUGGACGACCCCAAAACAAUAAAAUUUCAUAUUGAGAAAGGUCGAGAGGCAUUGGCGAGAGGUAGAGUAGUUUGAAAAUAAAAUCCUGACUCUCCGAAGGCAAAAAAUGAAAUGUACUACUGCACUACUCGAUUAGAAUAAUUACCUAAAAUUAUGUUAUCAAACUGUAAAUUUUUCCAAACUAUAUGGCCGUGCGUAUCGAAAGAUAAAAUUUCAUCGUGCAAAC